AUGGCUUUUAGAACGUCGUUUGCUGAUAUCCCAAAGCUUUAUGUGCCAAUCAAUCGCUCGGAUCUGCCAAAACCAGUAUAUGAGUUGGUACAAGCAGGACUUUCACGAACAGCAUCGAUUCAAACCAGUGCAAAGCCACUUGUGGAUCAGAUCCCUGACAGUAUUGGUCUUGGAAAACCACACAGUACAUUUGAAGGACUUCGUUUCAAAGAUGCGGCAAUAUGCACUAUCGCUGCUUUAGAAGAGGCCGUAUGCAAAAUAUCAGAUCAUUUAGAACGAGAUUGCCGCAUGACUAGCAGAGGAUACGUGAUGUUUUUGGUGGAUCGAGGAGUUAUAUCUAAAGACAUUGCUCGAUUCUACAUUGAUCAGUAUGAAGCAGUACGAUUUGGAAAUCGACCGAUGGGCGAGUUGGAAUAUCGAGAAUUCAUGAAGUUAUUCACUGCUCUUAUACGGACAGUGGGUGUCUUGACUUGA